AUGUCAAGAAAAGGCAAAGGAGGAAAUGUGGUCGGCAUGGUAGGCGGUAAGCGUCACCGUUGUGUUUUGAGAGACAACCUCCAGGACAUCAUCAAGCCCUCCAUCCGUCGCCUUGCUCGUCGUGGCGGCGUGAAACGUAUCGCGGGUUUGAUCUACGAAGAGACUCGUACAGUUCUCAAAGUGUUUCUUGCGAAUGUCAUUCGUGACGCUGUUACCUAUACCGAGCAUGCUAAGAGAAAGACCGUGACCGCCAUGGACAUCGUCUAUGCUCUCAAGCGCCAGGGAUGCAACCUGUACGGCUUCGGCGGUUAA